UCACUUUACUGCAGGCUGGGGAGAAGAGAGAGAGGAGCUGGGGUUUGAUUUGUAUAUUAUCUCGACAAGUUUGUUAUUCUCAGAAAAAAAAAAAAAAAUGCUUCUUAAAAGUACAUUUCUGGCAGCGUUUAUAGCUUGCCUGACAUAUCUACACCCUGGGGACGCCACUGAAGCCACGCCCAAGGUUCAGAUCUACAGUCGUAACGUUGGCGAGCUGGGCAAGCCCAACACCCUGAUCUGCCACGUGAGCGGCUUCCACCCCCCCAACAUCAAGCUGGAGCUGCAGAAGAACGGGCAGGACAUUGAAGAGGCGCAGCAGAGCGACCUGGCCUUCCACCAGGGCUGGCACUUCCACCUGACCAAGUUCGUGCCCUUCACCCCUCAGAGUGGAGAGCACUACUCCUGCAAAGUGGAGCACAGCACCCUCAAGGAGCCCAAGAGCUUCAGCUGGACUCCUGACAUGUGAAAACUCUCCUGGGAUACAGAAGAGAGAGAGAGAGACCCUCAGGGUCUGCAUUUUCCAGAAGGGAUUCUUUUGAUUCUUUCAGAAACCUGUAAAUUAUUUUCCUUGUAUAUUUCAGUACAGCGAGAAGCAUCAUGUUAUUAUUGUGUAUUCCAGAACGAUGUUAUCGUCAGCUGUUAAAAUAGCAUCAAAUUCAGUCAUGCAUCGUUUUCUGCAAUUUCCUGUUAACUGUUCUUGUGGGAGUUAUCAAAAUGAUUUGGUGUAAUAAUUUCUUUUUAAAAUAAAAAUCUUUAAAAAACAA